AGUGAUGGGAAACCAAAGCAGCAGAAUCAGUGACCUGCUCUUACGAGCCCUCGACAACCUUUCUCAGGAAGACUUGAAAAGAUUUAAAGACAAACUAUCACACUCUGACUUUAAGGGGAAAGGUAACAUCCCCCGAGGUCGGCUGGAGAAUGCCGACAGGAUAGAUACGAAGAACCUCCUGAUGGAAUUCUAUAGUGGAGAUGCUGUGGUAGAUGUAACCAUAGAUGUUUUCACUCAGAUCGACCUCCGAGAGUCUGCUGCAAAACUCAGAGAAGAAAGAGAGAAAGAGUUUCAUCAGAGUCAAAACCCAUCAGAGUUGUCAGCAAAAGGUUACAGGAAGAAGUAUAAAGAAGAUGUUAAAAAGAAAUACAAGCUAAUAAAAGACAUGAACAGUCGUUUUGGUGACUAUAUGAUUCUAAACAGAAGAUACACAAACCUGACUAUUGUAGACAGACCUCGUCAGGCAAAGGAGAGAGAACAUGAAAUAAUGGCCAUGGGAUGGAGACAUGCAGAAGUCAUGACUGAACGAGCUAGUUCUGAAGUUACACUGGCCACCCUCUAUAAACCUGAUAAAGAUGGACACACACCACAAGUCGUUGUGCUGCUGGGAGCUGCUGGGAUUGGGAAAACAAUGACUGCAAGAAAGAUCAUGUACGAUUGGGCAGCUGGGGAACUCUAUAAGGAAAAAUUUGAUUAUGUUUUCUACAUAAACUGCAGGGAAAUGAACCUUCUUAAUGAGCAGGGAAGUGUGGCUGACAUGAUUUUUAAAAGUUGGCUUAAUACAAAUGCACCAGUUAAUCACAUUCUGGUGAAUCCAGAAAAACUCUUGUUCAUAAUAGAUGGGUUCGAUGAAUUGAGAUUUUCCUUUGAUCAGCCUAAAGAUAAUCUGUGCACUGAUCCCUGGGAAAAGAAGCCAAUGGAAAUCAUCCUGAGCAGUUUAUUUAGGAGAACAGUUGUUCCUGAAUCCUACCUGAUGAUCACUACAAGACCAGCUGCCCUGGAGAAACUCGGGCAAUGUUUGGAAUGCUCACGUUAUGCAGAGAUCCUGGGGUUUUCUGAAGCUGAGAGGGAGGAAUAUUUCCACAAGUUCUUUGGAAAUGAAAACCAAGCAAGACAAGCUUUACAAUUUGUGAAAGCAAAUGAAAUUCUUUUCACCAUGUGCUUUGUCCCCUUCAUAUGUUGGAUCAUCUGCACAGUUCUGAAACAACAGCUUGAAAAAGGAGAAACUCUCACACAAACUUCAAAAACAGUCACUGGAGUGUAUAUGCUCUACCUUUCCAGUUUAGUCAAGCCUCUCAGCAACAAUACGAAGCAACACUUGCAUGGAAAUCUGAGGAGACUUUGUUCCUUGGCUGCUGAUGGAAUCUGGAAGCAAAAGAUACUGUUUGAGGAAGAAGAAAUCAAGAAGUUCGGCUUAGAUCAAGAAAACUCUCUCCCCCUUUUUUUGAAUGAGAAUAUUUUUCAAAAAGAAACUGACUGUGAAUGUCUCUACAGCUUCAUUCACUUAAGCUUUCAGGAGUUUUUUGCAGCUUUGUUAUAUGUCCUGGCGGAAGAUGAAACAGCAGAUUCAGGGAUUCCAAAGAAAGAUGUGAAAACUUUGUUAGAAAACUAUGGAAACUCUAAAAAUUAUUUAAUGUUAACAGUGCGAUUCCUGUUUGGGCUCUUAAAUGAAGAAAGAAUGAAGGACCUGCAGGAAAAAUUUGGGUGUAAACUUUCACCUAAAAUUAAGGCAGAUUUAUUGAAGUGGGUUCAAGCAAACCAACAAACAGAUUUAAUCUUGCCCUGUGUUCAUGAGGAGAUUUAUCAAAGUUAUCAGCUUGAGUUGUUUCACUGUGUAUAUGAGAUGUAUGAAGAAGAUUUUGCAGUUAAUGCAUUGGAUCACUUCACUGAACUGAAAUUAAAUCAAAAUAAAUUUACCCAGAUGGAUCAAAGGGCUCUCUCAUUCUGUGUAAAGCAUUGUCAUAGUCUGGAGUCACUUUGUAUAUAUGACUGUACAUUUAGUUUAGAAGACCAUGAGGAAAAACUCCCAAGACGACAAAAGUGGCUAUAUCAGUUUUGUGAUUGCCAUUUGACAGCUGCUUGCUGUGAGGAUUUCUCCUCUAUUCUUGGUACCAAACAGACCUUGGUUGAGUUGUGCCUGGCAGGAAACAGCCUGGGAGAAUCAGGAGUGAAGCUGCUGUGUGAGGGACUGAAGCAUGCAAACUGCAAACUGCAGAAACUGAGCUUGAAGGCUUGUAAACUCUCAGCUGCUUGUUGUGGGGAGCUCUCUUCUGCUCUCAGCAACAACCAGUUGCUGACAGAUCUGGACCUGAGUGAUAAUCAACUGGGAGCCAUGGGAAUACAGCUGCUGUGUGAAGGACUGAAACAGCCAAACUGCAAACUGCAGAGACUAGUGUUGAGAUUUUGCGGUCUCACAGGCGCUUGCUGUAGGGAUCUCGCCACUGUUCUCAGCACCAGCCAGAGCCUGACAGAGCUGAAUCUCAGUUAUAAUUUUUCUCUGGGAGAUGUUGGAAUUCAGCUGCUGUGUGAGGGACUGAAACAGCCAAACUGCAAAUUACAGAUACUGGGGCUGGAGGGGUGCAGACUCUCAGCUGUAUGUUGCUGGUUUCUCUCCUCCGCUCUCAGCACCAGCCAGGCCCUGGCAGAGCUGAACCUUUGGGGGACGAAGCUGGGAGAUUCAGGAGUGCAGCUGCUGUGUGACGGACUGAGACAUCUCAACUGCAAACUGCAGAAAAUACUGUUGGGGAGUUGCAGCCUCACAGCUGCUUGCUGUGGGGAUCUCUCCACUAUUCUCAGCACCAGCCAGAGCCUGACAGUGCUGGAACUGGCGAAUAACAAACUGGGGGAUUCAGGAGUGCAGCUGCUGUGUGAGGGACUGAAACAUCCAGAUUGCAAACUACAGAAACUAGUACUGGGGCAUUGUGAUCUCACAGUCGUUUGUUGUGGAGAUCUGUCCUCUGUUCUUAGCACCAGCCAGACCCUGACAGAGCUCGGCAUAAGGUGGAACAACCUAGGAGAUUCAGGAGUGAAGCUGCUGUGUGAAGGAUUAAAACAUCCAAACUGCAAAUUACAGAUACUGCAACUGAGUGGUUGCCAUUUCACAGCUGCUUGUUGUGGGGAUCUCGCCUCUGCUCUCAGCACCAACCAGACGCUGACAGAGCUGAUCCUGGGAGAGAAAACAAUGGACAAUUCAGGUGUGAAACAGUUGUGUGAAGGACUAAAACACCCAAACUGCAAACUGCAGAAACUGGGCUUGAGCAGUGUCAAUGUAAAUGAAGACACACAGAGAGAGCUAGAUGCUGUGAAAAAGAGGAAACCUGAUAUGAUCAUACGUAUAUGGAAGAAUUGGUGAGCGAGAGCCAUUGCACCGACACCGCUCUGGCCUGGCUGUUGGCCUGCUAGCUGGGACAGUGGCUAGGGACAGGACCUGCCUCUUUCAAGGCAUCUCUGCCAUCACCAAGGACUCCGGAUGCACAGUCUCCUGACUGGUGUUAAGAGUGAGAACCUCACACUAUGGGGAAAAUAUGCUCCAGUUUUGUGAGCUUGUUGAACUCACACAUUCAGCCUCCACGGGCACAGGGCUGGAAGAGACUGUCAGGGUUGAGAGAACCAGAGGUUUAUUAUGUGGAGCUGGUUAGGCUGUUAGGUUCACCCAAUGAUAUCUGCCCACAUCCUCAAGGUUGUAGACCCAUGUUGCUUAUUGAAAGAAAUAUUGUUUGGUAUCAAUUUUAUAAAUUGUAUUAAAACUAAUACGCCAACAAACUGUAUCACCAAAGCGAAGCUACUAAUUGUACUAUGAAACUAAAUGAAGCCUAGAGCAAUGCAACUACCCAAUCAAAAUCAAACCCUGAUUAAAUUAGUCUCAAUGUUGGAUCAAAAUUAUGUCACCAAGUUAGUUACCUCAUCAGAUUAAGAAGAACUGAUUAUUUGUUGUAUUAAUCCUAAAAAGGGAUCUAAGAAGGUGACUGUUUUGGUUAUGAAUCCCAACUAAAAAAUUUUACCCAGUCAAUCAAAUCUAUAACUUGGUGCUGGAUCACUAUCUUAAUACUGUAAGCAGUUUAUUAUCUAAUGUCUGAACCACAAGCUCUGAGCUAAUUACAAAGCUUCUGCCUGACAUUUCAGAGUGUGGUGGUGAACACUUUCCUCCCCUCACCCAGAGCUAUUACAGUGCAGGCUUAAAAAAUCAAAACACUGAUAGGCAGAAGUUUGUCAUCACUUAUUUAGCAAUUUACAGCUGACAGCUUUGUUUCUCAGGCCUCAAACACACACAGACAGAACAUAUUCCAGCAAAUAUCUUCGAGACUAUUUUAGGGCUACUUCUAUCUGGGGAACUUUCUUUAAGGCACUUUCCUGGUGUGGAUUCUACUGGCGCUCAUACGCACACGCUGCACGCAUGUACAAAACCACGCUUUCACACCAUCAGAUUAGAGAAUAAAAAGGGCUGGGACAUCUCCAAGUUAACAAAACCAAGACAAAAAUAGAA